AUGGGGCUGGGCUGGUGCAGGGACCGUGGGCAGGAUGCGGCCCAGCCCUGCGGGGAGCAGCCCGCGUCCCCGGGGAGCACCCGCCGCCCCAAAAACCCAGCGGGGAAACAUCCGCCCCGGCCCCGCCGGGAGGGUGCUGGCACGGAGCUCAUGCGGCGGGUGCGGCGGUUCCAGCUCGCUCAGUACCAGUGCCUGCUGGUGAAGUACGCCAAGGACACACGCUACUGCACCUCUGGUGUCUCCACGCACGACAGGAACACCAUGGAGGCCCUGCCAGCCUGCCUCCUCAAGGAUGUGUACCAGGAGGCACUGGCCUCUGCAGUCAUCGGCAUUGACGAGGGCCAGUUUUUCCCAGACAUCGUGGAGUUCUGUGAGAUGAUGGCCAAUGCUGGGAAAACCGUCAUCGUUGCUGCUCUUGAUGGGACUUUCCAGAGAAAGGCCUUCGGGAGCAUCCUGAACCUGGUGCCACUGGCAGAGAGCGUGGUGAAGCUGAAUGCCGUGUGCAUGGAGUGCUACCAAGAAGCCUCCUACACAAAGAGGCUGGGAGCAGAGAGGGAGGUUGAAGUGAUUGGAGGAGCAGACAAGUACCACUCUGUCUGCCGAGCCUGCUACUUCCGCAAGCGGCAUCAGCAGCCUGGGUCGGAAAACAAGGAGAACGUGCCCAAGGGGCUGAAGCAGCUGGAUGUGGCUGCCUCCUGGAAGAUCUUUGCUUCUUGACUGCUGGGCUCCCACAUGGGGAAAAACAAGAGGAAGGAAGCUAAAUGCUGUGACUCCUGGAUGCCAGGUUUGGCUGCUUCUGCUUUUAGCAAAACUGUUCAGUGUCUUAUCUCUACCUGUCAAACCAAGCUGCUCUUCCUCUGCACCAAGCACCAGGAAAGAGGAGGAUCAACUGGACCUGAUACCAGGGGGGAGCUGAAGCAGUAGCAUGACUAAAAAUGAGUUCCUUUCUCAGAACACGGAGAAGAGGCAGAUGUAGUUACUGAUGCUGCCACACA